GGAAGGCAACUUAAAGGUGUCUAUUGAUGUUGUUUUACAAGAGGAAGCGGAGCUUCCAAUUCCACUUAAUUCGGGACCAACAGUAAUGGUAGAUGCUGUUGGAACUGUGGUUGGCUGGCCAAAAGAGUUGGUGACAUUUCCGACGACAAAGGUAUUUUCAGUUCACUUUUCUAUUGCUAAGUUAUAUAUUUUGCUACAAUUAUUUAAAAUUGCAGAAAAAGGAGAAACCUGCACCACCAUUUGCUAUUUUGGAGGUUCCUGAUGAGAAAAAUAAAUUCAAGGAAGUUGAAAGUGCUCUACCAAUGCCAUGCAAGUUUUUGUAUUCUUAUGUUGUUAGACUGAUGACUGAGGAGGAGACCAUUCCUAUCGAAUUUGAUAAAGCCAUGUUUGGACGUAAUGUGAGUACAUCGUUGUUGAGAGAUUAUGUCAUGCGCUGUAUGGAAAUGAGAGAGAUAGGGUCCAGGCAAAUUUUGGUUUACAUGGGUUACUUGUACAAGUACUUGAAGGAAACAAACAGGGUUGAGUAUGUGUCGUUUGUGGAUCCCAACAAAAUACCAGCCGCUCAAGAUGGCAGUACCUCUUCACAACACAUUGCUAAUCAGUUGAAAGCAUCAAACGGAGACAGCAUAUGCCUUAUCCCAUACAACACUGGUUUGCAGGUUGUGUGAAGAACCAGUACUAUACGCAGACACAAUAUGAUGAAGUGAGAAUUG